UUAUCUUCGUCGCUGUUGAAACGUGCACGAGCGAAACGUGAUAGCGUACCGUGUGUGAUAAGGUCUGCGUUGAUUCCAACUUCUGUUACCAUCGAUAACGUUCUCAAAGUUCUGAAAAAAUGCGACUAUAAUCUGGCGGAUUCUCGACUCCAACACGCACCGAAUCUGUUGGCAUGGCGACUUUGGUGGCGUUCGGUUUUGGGGCAUUAUUGA